AUGUCUGACAUAAGUUUCUCAAAUGCCACUGCAAACUCUGUCAUCCGUCCUCAAUAUUUUCAGGUCACUGGUUUUUCUACCAUGCCUCAUGCCAAAUACUACUUUAUUUUCUUGUGCUUUGUGUAUGCUGUCACUUUAUUGGGCAAUUCCUUUGUCACGCUUAUUAUUUACAUAGACCGCAGACUUCACAUCCCAAAGUAUGUUGCUAUUUUUAGCUUAGCUGUAGCUGACUUAGGUGAGAGCACUGCCCUUAUUUCUAAUUUGUUUAGCAUCAUUGUCUUUCAAACACAGCAGAUUGCCUAUGGUGCUUGCUUGGCCAAUUUAUUUUUUGUGUUUUUCUUCAACUCUGUGCAGUCUGUCAUGCUUACUGUUCUAGCAUAUGACAGGUUUGUUGCAAUUUGCUUUCCACUGAGAUACCACAGCAUUUUAACAAACACCUCAAUGGGUAUUAUCAUCUCUGCUGGCUGGGUAUUUAAUUUUCUAUUUAUGCUUAUUGGACUGAUUUUCAUCACCCGACUGUCCUUCUGUAAAUCCACACUGAUUUAUAGUUACUUUUGUGACUAUGGUCCCAUAGUAACACUUGCUUGUAAUGAUCGUCUUCCAACUGCCAUAAUGACCAGAUUAUUCAUAGUGUUCCAUCUGUUUUUACCAAUGUCUGUAAUUGGUUUAUCUUACGCAUGUAUUUUGCUGGCGCUAUUUAAAAUUACAUCCUGGGAAGAACGUCUGAAAGCCCUAAAGACCUGUUUUUCUCAUCUUUUUUUGGUGUCUGUGUUUUACGGUCCAUUAUUGGUGACUUUUGUAGCUGGACUCUUUACUCCAUUUGACCUCAACAUCAGGAUAAUCACUACAUCACUCUCAUAUGCCAUUCCGGCCAUGUUAAACCCCAUUGUGUAUUCUCUCAACACUGUAGAGAUCAAGGACUUUGCAAGAAAAAUGUUCAGAAGAAGAAUACCAAGCAUCGUUGUUGCAUUUUCUAAAUGA